AUGGCGGCGAGUCCCUGUGGCGGCCGCCUCCACCGAGCCGCAUCCCUCCUCCGCGGCCCGCCCUCCUUCCUAUCUCCCGCUCCUAAACUUCUUCCCCGGGAUAAACAGACCCGCCGCCAGGGGCGGCCGCCUCCGCUGCUCCCGCCCCCGCGCAGCGCGCCCCCCCCCCCCUCCCGGCCCCGGGCCCGUCCGGGCUCCGGCUUCCGAGUUGCGACUCCAGCCCCAGCCCCAGCGCGCGAGGGCGCGUGCGCGCGGCGGCGGCGGCGGCGGCGGCGGCGGCGUGGGCUCGCCCGGCUCCUGCUCCCUCCCCCCCGCGCCGGGCACUUCCGGCCGCCGGGAUCCGCCGCCGGGUUUUGGGAGCCGCCGCGCGGCCGUGGGGAGGACGGGGCGCUCCCCUUCCCCGGGGUCCGCCCCUGCGCCCGGCGGCGAGCUUCGCCUCAAAAGCCCGCCGGGGAUGCCUCAGUCGGUGGACGAGGGGCGCGAAGGGCGGCAGCCGGUUCUCGCUCCGUGGCGAGCUCCCACCUCCGCGAAGCGGCCCGAGGCAGCGGCGGACGGUGUCCCGCGGGAGCAGAGGCCACCCGGGACGGUCCUGGAUGGAGGACGCGGGCCUCAGGCCCGGGAGCGGGGGCGGCCGAAGCGCAGCUGAGGCGGCGUCCCGGGACCCCUCGUCGGCUACUGGCGCUGCCGCUGAGGCGCCGCCCGCACAGAGGAGACCGCCUCCCGGAGUGCAGAGAAAGCUUGGCAACACCUUGGGAAUUGAAUAUCUGCAGUAGUGUCCUCGCCUUCAUCUACCUCACAGCAUUUCAAUGCAGUUCACUUGCUGCACUAGAGUAUAAGCUCCAGGCUAUCCUGUUCACAGACAAGGACAACCUUUGGCACAUAGUAUAUGCUGAAAAAUAUUACAUCUCAUCACUUGCUUUUGGAAGGGUGAUUGAAAGCUCUCCUCAUCCUCUUGGAUGUUACCUUCAUCUUCAUCAUUCAAGAUGGUACUGUGAUGUUCCUGGCAAGAGGAUGGAGGAAGGAAGGAAGAAGAAACAAAGAACAUACCUCAGCUGCUUAAGGAACAAUAAUAAAGGGCUCUGGAAACACAGAACAUGGAGCCUGAAGGAACCAGGAAGGCAUCUCAAAGUAAGUGACAUUUGAGUUACAUCUUAAAGGCUGGGAAGGAAAAGGG